UCGACAUUACGUGAAUCCCCUUUGGGGUUUACGCGGAGAAGUUACCCUUUGCACUGAGAAGUUACCCUAUGUUUGCUUCCUGUCCUGCGUCUUUAAACGCAAGCUACAGUACUCCCAGCUGUCUGUGAAUACUUGGAAAAUGUUGCGGUUUCUCUUGCUGUGCUUGAUUUUCGCAACGUCAGAUGCUGACUAUGAAGACUACAGCCCUAUGUACGAGCAGACUGAAGGAUCCGGGGGUAUAAUUGAGGAAGACGACGAGGAAUUGCCCGGGCCAGUUAGUUAUAAAUAUGAUACGGGAACUUGGUCGGAAUCUUCAAAUGGCAGUAAACAAACACAAGAAGGGUCCUCCAUGAUAAUCAUCAUAGCAGCAGUGAGUGUGGUUGCCCUGGCCAUCGCGGCCGUCGUAGCUAUUUUUCUCUUCAAACGUCACUUGCAAAGCCGGGAACAAGGCAUAUACGAUGUACCAGUUGAGCAGAAAGUAGUCGUCUAAACAGUCUGAAGGUCUCCACUUUUCCGGAUUCCUGGAUUCCACCAGGGACACCUACACGCAAAAGAUAUUCUACAGCCAUAGCUUCAGGCCAAAGUGGCUGCUAACACUUACAAACCCCUCUGCCUAAUUGGCCUGUUUGCUCCCCUUCUUGAGCUUUACACAUGCCUGCCAAUGGAUUGACCUUAAAUGAAUGUACACUUUUGUUUAAAUGCAGUGCCAACACAAUGCCUCCCAGGGUCAAAAGCGAGUGAAGCUCACCACUAUUAUCGUCGCCAAUAGAGACGAGAGGUUUUGUAGUUUGUUUUAAAUUAAUGAAUGCCCCCCCCCCACCCCCACCCCACGUGACCCCUGUCUGGCCUCCAUUCCACUUUAUUUGGUGUGUUUUGAAUAGCUUUGUUUGUUCAAGGUGAUCAGGUGUAUUUCCUGCUAAUGUUUCACGUCUCCAGUAUGCUUCUAGUACUGUUUGCUGUGCUUGGCACAUUAAUUUCGACACAUACACGAGCGAUGCGUGAGUAAUACGUAAGCAUCUGGCAACAAAAAGAAAAAACAGUGGAACAGGCCACAAUGAAUGGCCAUUUUAAUAUGAUGUGGAAAUAUGGACAGGGGAGACAGAGCCACAAUACUUAAUAUGUCAUUCAGGGAUAAGCAAUCUCUCUCUCUCUCUCCCUCUCUCUCUCACAUCUUGUGUUUCUGCAAGGAAAGUGAUAGCAUCUCAGAUGCAGGUGCUAGAUCUGUUUCUGUAAACAUACAGAAAUGCCCGGCUAGCAGGCUGAGGGGUGGGCUAGAUCGUGUAGCAAGGGUGGGGGCAGAGGGGUAACUGGGCACCUUUUUGCUGGGGUCACUUUUUUUUUUUUUUUUUUUUUUUUAGCGAAAGCUCUUAUGAACGGUCCUUUGUACAUCCUGCUGAGGUGUGGGUGUCUAUGGCCAUUUUCACAUUAUUUUCCGUCUUCGGGUGUUUCUUUAAGCAAAGGGGCAUCACAGUAUGCACAUAUAUGCUUCAGCUUGACAAGGAAGUGUGUGUGUGUGUGUGUGUGUGUGUGUGUGUGUGUGUGUAAAAGCAUUUGUUUAAGGCUAGCCUAUCUAUCCUACAGUACAACAGGGCUGUUAAAUUUGUUACUGAAAGUGUUCAUGCACUGAUGCCAUUUCACAUCACUACAAAAGCAUUUCAAAAGAGUCUAGCCAUUGUUUAAUUGGAUUUUAAGACAUGCUGUUUCACAUUUUGUUCAAGCCAUCUUUGUGGGCCAAAUUAUAGUUGUCAUUUUUAGGACAGAGCAUCAUCUUGAAACCACUUUUGUGUUCUUUGGGCCAAGUAGCCUAUUGAUUUUACCCAAGAACACAGAUAAAAGAUUACUUAAGAGUGCCUAUUCUGUCCUCCCUGAAUUGAAAAGUUAUGUGGGCACCUGUUUUAGUAAAAAAUAAAUAAACUGAGCCAUUUUGCUACAUCUGUUGCUGGCUUGUAAUAAGGCAAUUUGUUAUGGCAUUUAUUGAUAGAAGAGGAAAAAAGAAAGUGGUGUUUUCUGAAAACAGCCUUUACUUCAAGCCUGCAAUAGUAAGCUCUAUCCUAACCCUCUCUAGAUGCAUACAGUCACCCAAAGGCAAGAUCAUGUGAAAUAAUACCUUUUUGCCCAAAAGAGUAAUUCCAUAUAACAUGCCUCUAGGUGGAUUUGCGUGUCAUUUUUCAGUGAUUGUUAAAUAAAGAGGGGUCACUUAUAUUUGUACACCUUUCCAGCACUUCAUUUGAAUUUGUUUUCCUUUAAAAUGUUUUCAGUCUUGGAGAAUUCCAGCUGGGUUUAUUUCUGAUGUGACAUGCCUUGUUGUUGUUUGCUGAUGUCAAUAUUUUGUGUAUGGUUUAUGGUAUAUUUAGAUAUGUUUUAAGAACAUUUUUAUACCGCAUUGUAUAGCAACAUGUUCACUUUGUAAUCCUUGUUUGUGGAUGGUUGUUCUUGAAACAUGGGUGGUGCUUUCACUCUGACAGUCAUGCUCAAGUUUAGGACUUGGCAAAAGGCCAGGCAAAAUGCUGUCAGACUUCUGAGAGGGGAAGAGGUUUUCUCCUUUUUUUGAUUAUUUGAAUUUAUCUGCAAGUCCAAUUUUAAAAAAUCAAAUAGCAGUACUUUUUAACAUUUAAUGUAAAUCACAUUGUGAUUCUUCAGACUUGUGAACAUGGAACUGCAAGCCUGCAAGAAACAGCCUACUGCAUUCAGCCUUAGUAACUCAAUGAACUCGGGGAUUUUUAAUAUUAACCUUCACUCAGAGUUAUAUGGCAUGAUUUCUACUGAAGAUUACAUGAUAAAAAUGAAUGUUUUAUGGAUAAUCAUUUUUAUUGAUGGUUUAUUGAUAACCAUUAUUUUCAUAUAUUCUUGAAUUAUAUUUUCAUGUAUCCUUGAAAUUCCAUUGUCUUCUUGAAUUAUAUGUUUUUCAAAGACUUUUCUGGAUUUUCUUUUCUUUGCUGUUGUGGUGGAGGCAGAGAUCUAGAUCUAGUAUGACCAGAAACAAAACUUUGUGCAAUCUUCUGUGUAGAGGGGCUACGGGUUUGAUAAGAGUUGUUUUUGCCAUCAUGUAAUUACUUUUUUUCCCUGUAGGUCAUGGAACUGUGAUGUUACUGAGAUGUUCUUCAUGAUAGCCUUUCGUCUGCUGUCAGCAGCAGACCUAUUUUCCACUGUUUAGGGUCCCUCUUCACGCACUGGUGAGCUUUCAUACCAUGUACAAAGUAAAUGAAGCUGCUAAAGGCUUAAAAAAACAACCUCUGGGCAAGUAUUGACAGAACUUCUCUAGAUGCCCCACUCCCUUUUCAGGGCUGACAUUGGAAUCCAGUGAUGUGAUUCAACACACAGCACAAAUCAAGUUCAAAGAAGAGUUUUAUUUCCUUCUUUAACACUGCUUAGUUCCUUGCUUAAGAACUGUAGUCCUUUUUUGACCUCUUGGGGGCACUUUUGAGCUGUAGAUUCUUCCCCCGCCCCCCCAUUAAAAAAAAAAAAAAAA